AUGGACAAAAUACGAGACUCGGCGUCGGCCGCCUCCCGAACAAUCGGCUCGUCCUUCUCCCGCUCCUCCAAAGCCUACAACGUCGACGACGAGCUAAUAGCACAGUUCAGUGACAACGUCAAGGUUGCAAUCGCUGCAUUUCAGUUUUUGACGGCCCAGACGGCGCGGAUUGCAGAAAAGAACUGGCCGCGGUUUUUUAAGAGCAGCAGAAAAGUCAUCCUGCUAUGGAUGGAGCUUCUUGGCGAAGAGGCGCUUCAGUUCGAAGAGCUAGAUGCGUUCUAUACCAAAUUCGAUGAGAUGCAGAUCUCCUCGGAGGGGAUUUUCGUGCAUCCGAAGGAGCGGAACUUCGUUGUUCCCAGUGUGCAAUUGGAGUUGGCCAAUUAUCUCGCGGUGGUGAAUCAUUUGGAGUCGACAAUUCUACAACAGGCCAAGUACCACUCGGAGCAGCUUUCGUUGCGAGUAGCGGCCAUUGUGGCCCAACUCAAAGCGUGUCGUAAAAACAUUAAAACUCGAGACCAAUUGGGUAAACAGGCCGCCAAGCUUGAGAAAAAAGCCCGUCAUUUGGCGGAGAAAGGCACUUCACUAGACGUUCAGAAGAGGGCGGAAUUGGCAGGCUACGAAGCCUCGCUAGCCAUAACAAAGGCUGCAUACGACGCAGAAAGCUCGAAUCUAAAAGUGAUCCUCCCUGAGUUUCUUGCUUUGGUGGAAGAAUUCACCGAGGUGGUCACCAAGUGGACUGCAGACUUUCAUGUUCAGCAGGUCAAAGAGGUCCAGCACGCAUUCGAGUAUAUCAAUGUUUUUCAUGGAUUUGCCACAUCAGCCGAAGAUAAUGACUACGAAUCCAUCAUUGAUCAAUGGGAAAAGGAUGCGACUACUACCCGUGUUCAACUAGAAUCGCUCUUGCAGACCAUUUACGACAAGAAUCCCGAUAGGCUCAACGAAGAAAUAGACGAUAAAGACAGCUCACUGAAGGCUUCCAAACUCUGGUCACUGGUCACACAGAAGCUCAAGAACAAGCAGCAUACCGUCAAGGCCAAGGACCUACAGAAUGGUAUAUUCAACCCAGACAUGAUGGCCGACCCCUUGGUUUCCUACGAAAAAUACCAAGAUCCGCGCUCCAACCUCGCUGAGAACUACCAUCCAACCCAAAUUAUCGACGAGGAGGACAUCGUUGUUCCUGCAAAACUUCCCCAAUCGCCCCCAGCGCUUCCUCCACGAGACCCCAUGCGUGAGAUUUUGUUAUCGCCAAGACCAGGUGUCCAGUCGCCGUUGUUCCGAAACGAGUUUGAUCAUUUUGGUGCCGGUCUCCGCAGAUCCAAUUCUCUGGCCUCAGUCUCUUCAGUCGGUAGCCUGUCGGAACUAAUACCACACUAUUCAAGCAGCGAUGAGUCCGAUGCCCAAUCGAUGGCCGCUAGUCAACUUCCCGAUGGAGGCAAGCCUGAGCGGUCAACUCAACAACUAGUGAAACAAUACAACAUGGCAAAGAAUGACAUACGAGAGUGUCCCACACUACCGUCCAAAUUUGACCUGAUAGACGUUCUCCGAGGUGAAGUUUGCGAUCUUCAGGAGAAGAAUUCAGUGAGUUACAGCAUGCAUGAAAUGUAUGCCUUUUUCGAGAAGGUAUUGGCGCUUUCCAAUAGUUCAGACUCAAAGGUGAAGAGCGUUGUAGCAAGCCAAAGCUUCAGUGGAGUAGAUCCAGGAGAUUUAUCCUUCCAGAGCGGAGAAUCCAUUCAAGUUCUCCUCAACUUGCAAGACUACGCAACAACAUUCAGUGACACGAAAGACUAUUGGCUUGUGGGUGGUAUCGAGACCGAAGGAGUUCACCGAGUAGGAUUUGUUCCCUCGACACAUGUGGAAAUUUAG